UAAAAAAGCCGGUGACAAUCUGUCGUUUCAUCUUUGUUGCAUAUGCAAAAGAACGUUGACAAGUUAAACGUUAUCUUUUUAUUGUGAACAUUUCAAGUGAAAAUGAGAAACGUGGAAAUAAAAGCGAAAGUUGACAACAUCGAUGAAGUUGAGAAAAAGGCAAUUGAAUUGAGCGAUACUCCGCUUAAGGUUAUCAAUCAACAUGAUAUUUUUUUUCACAUACCCGUUAAACAAGCUACAAAUGGUGGUAGAUUAAAAUUACGUGAGUUUGAGGAUGACACUGGUGAACUGAUUUAUUAUGAACGACCUGAUAUACAAGGUCCAAAACUCUCUAACUAUACAAAAGUAUAUUUAGAUUCUGACAGAAGAAAGAAUUUGAGAGAAGUUUUGACUCAAUCUAAUGGUAUUUUAGGAACUGUUGAGAAAACUAGACAUCUAUACUUAGUGGGUCAAACACGUAUUCAUAUUGAUCGAGUUCUUGGCUUAGGUAAUUUUAUGGAGCUUGAGGUUGCCCUAGAUUAUGGUGAUGAUCCAGCAAAAGGAGAAGAAAUUGCCAAAAAGCUCAUGAAAGAACUUGGAGUUUCAGAUAGUUCCUUACUGAGUGGUGCUUAUUUGGACAUGGUAUUGAAAAAAUAAAAGAGACAUCGUUUUGAUUAAAAUAUUAUUUAUAACAGUAUUUUGAUCCAUUUGAUUCAGGCCCCUUCAACAAUUCUAAUCUAACUUAAUAUAUUCUAAAAAUAUGUAUAAAAACAAAUAAGCUAAGAUGAUGAAUACAUAUUUUUGUACUUCUAAGUAAAUUCUAAGU